CUAAUAUAUAAACUCUCUCUCUCUUUUUUUCUCAUUGCUCCUCUCACAUAUUGUGUAUCAGAAAGCAGAUAAUUUUCUCCAUAUUAUAAUCUUCAAUUAACUAGCAAAAAAAAUAAAAAUAAAUCACAGCCAUAGCCCAUAGCCCAUAGCUUUAUUUUCCAUUUUAGCUUCUUCUUCUCUUCUUUUCAUAUUAUACGUUUGAAUAAGGAAUUGAAUUUCAUAUUCAUAUUCAUCUCACUCUAUACACACACAAAAUACACACACCAAAAACACACAGUUUUGUUAAAAGGAACUGUUUGUUUCUUCUUCCUUUGGAAGAAUUUUUCACAAUAUAAAUAGCAACCGCCAUUAACGGACUCGUUUGAAGAUCUCUUCUUUUUCUGAUUUUGAUGAGAAUUUGGAGGUGAUCUGUGGAUUUUUGUAUUAUUUGUUAAUUGGAGGGUUAAAUUUACAAAAUGGUGAAGAGAUAUGACUUAGAGAUGAUGACGUGUACAUGAGUUCUCAACUCAAACGCCCCAUUGUUGUUUCUUCCCCUGCUGAACCUUCUGGGCAAUCCCCAAUGAUGGGUGGAAGCAGUGCGAAUAAGCUAACAACAAACGAUGCCCUUUCCUAUCUAAAGGCAGUGAAGGAAAUCUUUCAGGACAGAAGGGACAAAUAUGAUGAGUUUCUUGAAGUCAUGAAAGAUUUCAAGGCUCAAAGAAUUGACACUUCUGGUGUCAUAGCGAGGGUGAAGGAAUUAUUCAAAGGGCAUCGAAGCCUAAUUAUGGGGUUCAAUACAUUUUUGCCCAAGGGAUAUGAGAUCACCAAUCCUGAGGACGAACCUCCAGUGAAAAAGCCAGUUGAAUUUGAAGAAGCAAUCAGUUUUGUAAACAAGAUAAAGACUAGAUUUCAAGGUGAUGAUUUCGUAUAUAAAUCAUUUCUUGAUAUUUUAAAUAUGUAUAGAAAGGAAAACAAGUCCAUUGCAGAAGUUUAUAAUGAGGUCUCCUACCUUUUCCGUGGCCAUCCUGAUUUGCUUGAAGAGUUCACCCAUUUUUUACCUGAUGCCAUGGCUGCAGCCCGAGCUCGUCAGGCUCAAGCUCAUAGGGCCCCUAUCCUGCGUUAUGAUGCGAAAAGCUCUUCGAUGACCACGGCAAGGCACAUGCACGUCGAGAAGAAGGCUACUUCACAUGUCGAUCGGCCUGAUCCAGAAUACGAAGAAACAACGAUGAAAACUGAAAGGGAUAGAAGGGAUCCACAAUAUGAGGAUAGAGAGCUGGACAGAAAAUCUGUUCAUAGAGAUACUGCUGUUGACCAGUUUGAACACAGUAUGCAGGACCAUGGUUUUGCUUACUGUGAGCGGGUUAAGGAAAGAUUACAGGAUAUCGGAGAUCGAAAUCAGUUUUUUAAGUGCCUUCAUAUCUAUAGCAAGGAAAUAGUUACAAGACCACAAUUACAAUCCCUGGUUAGCAGCUUACUCGUGAAACAUCCAGAUCUCAUGGACGGAUUUGAUGAAUUUAUUUCUCACUGUGACAGGACAGAUGGUUAUCUUGCUGCUAUUCUGAGCAAAACACGAUCCUCAUGGAACGAUGAACACAUUCCCAAGUUGGAUAAAGUAGAAGACCGGGACAAAGACCGAGAUUGUGAGUGGGAAGACAGGAAUAGAGUCCGCGAAACAAGAGAAAGAGAUAGACCUGAUAGAAGCGUCGCCUAUGGAAGUAAAGAUAUACAAGGGCAGAAGAUGUCUUUGUACCCAAGCAAGGAUAAAUACGCAGCAAAACCUAUACAUGAACUUGAUCUCUCCAACUGUGAAAGUUGCUCACCGAGUUAUCGGCUUCUUCCAAAGAAUUAUCCAAUUCCAUUAGCGAGUCAGCGAACCGAGAUUGGUGCUGAUGUACUAAAUGAUCUCUGGGUAUCGGUGACAUCAGGAAGUGAGGAUUACUCUUUUAAACAUAUGCGCAAAAACCAGUAUGAAGAAAGCUUGUUCCGAUGUGAAGAUGACAGGUUUGAGCUGGAUAUGCUUUUAGAGUCUGUCAAUGCAACAACAAAACGUGUUGAAGAAUUGCUUAACAAGAUCAAUGAUAAUACUAUUGCCAGUGAUAGUCAUAUCCGUAUUGAAGAACAUUUUACUGCUCUGAAUCUAAGGUGCAUUGAACGUCUCUACGGUGACCACGGGCUUGAUGUUAUGGAUGUGUUAAGGAAGAAUGCACCACUUGCCCUUCCAGUUAUACUCACUCGCUUGAAGCAGAAACAAGAGGAGUGGGCAAGGUGUCGUUCUGAUUUUAAUAAAGUUUGGGCUGAAAUUUACGCUAAGAACUAUCACAAAUCACUGGAUCAUCGUAGCUUUUAUUUCAAGCAGCAGGACACGAAAAGCUUGAGCACAAAAGCACUGCUGGCUGAGAUCAAAGAAAUCAGUGAAAAUAAGUGCAAAGAAGAUGAUGUGCUUCUCUCUGUUGCUGCUGGAAAUGGGCAACCAAUUAUCCCUCACCUGGAGUUCGAGUAUCCUGAUUCUGACAUCCAUGAAGACCUUUAUCAAAUCAUUAAGUAUUCAUGUAGUGAAGUUUGUACAAGAGAACAGUUGGAUAAAGUCAUGAAGAUUUGGACCACCUUCCUGGAACCAAUAUUUGGUGUUCCUCGUCAACCUCAGGGUGCAGGGGAUGGUGGAGAUGUUGAAAAGGCUAAAAAUCAAAAUGCUAUAGGUAACACAGCAAUUGAUGGGGAAAGGGCUGGUAGCCCUGCUAGUGACUCAGGCAUGAAUUGCAGACAAAGCAGUUCCAGGAAUGGAGAUGAAGAGCCUCCACCUCAGCAUUCAAUUUCUUCCAGAGUUCGGAUUGCAAAUGGUGAAAAUGGGUUUAAGGAUGAUAAAUCUCCUGAUGCAACUGGUGUGACACUGAAAAUUGUCACUUCAAGGACCCUCCUUCAGCAUGGAAAGGCAGCCGCUGAUCCCAAAAUGGCGGAUGCAGCAUCUGGUCUCAGCAGAGAGUCUUUUGGUGCUGACCAGCUAGUGCUUUCAAACAGCACGGUUGUGGAGGAAAGCCAUGGAAGAGUCUGUAGAGAAACUGCUUCAGGUUCAUGGGCUGCCUACUUUGGAUUGCUCUUCCAUUUUGUAUUUUUCACACUUCUUCAUAGGAUUANCCCCCCAAAAAAAAAAAAGACAACACAAAGUUGCCUGCCUCUAAACUUGAAGCUGAUACCUGGUUUUCUGCUUCUUUGGGAUGUGAAACCGUCCGCAGAUGGAGGGUUGGUGGACCCAAAGGCAGAAGGUGUCAAGGUUGAGAAAUGUCUUGAAGAAUCCAUAGGAAAAUGUAAACUUGAGAGAGAAGAGGGCGAAUUAACUCCAAAUGGUGAUUUUGAGGAUAAUUUUACACCAUCAAAUGAAGGUGGUCCAAAUGUAUCACAUAGUUUAAAGGGAAGUUCAAGUAGUAAGCUGUACCAAAGUGGACAUAGAGAAGUAGUUCGUGGUGGAGAGAGAGGAUGUGAGAAUGAUGCUGAUGAUGAAGGGGAAGCAAGUGCUCACGGGACAUCAGAGGAUAGUGAGAAUGCUUCUGAAAAUUGUGAUGUUUCAGGUAGUGAGUCUGCCAAUGGAGAAGGUUCUCACGAAGAAGAGCGUGAAGAUGGGGACAAUGAUGAGAAUGAUAACAAGGCAGAGAGUGAAGGAGAGGUGGAAGGAACUGCUGAUGUCCAUGAUGCUGAAGGAGAUGGUUCUGUUAUGCCAUUUUCAGAACGUCUUCAACAUACAUCCAGGCCUCUCACAAAGCAAGUUCCUUCUAUAUUUCAUGACAGAGAGAAGGAAUCACGUAUAUUUUAUGGAAAUGAUUCAUUUUAUGUGCUGUUCAGACUUCACCAGACAUUGUAUGAAAGACUACAGAAAGCAAAAUCGCAUUCUUCGUCAUCUGAACACAGAUGGAGAGUCUCAAAUGCUAUAAACCCCACUGAAUCAUAUGCCAGAUUCAUGAGUGCACUUUAUAACCUGCUGGAUGGUUCCUCUGACAAUGCAAAGUUUGAGGAUGACUGCCGAGCUAUUAUUGGAGCUCAGUCAUAUCUUCUCUUCACCUUAGACAAACUGAUAUACAAAAUUGUCAAACAGCUACAGACAAUUGCAACUGAUGAGUUGGAAAGUAAACUUCUCCAACUGUAUGCUUAUGAAACCUCAAGAAAAUCUAGCACAUUUUCGGAUGUAGUUUACCAUGAAAAUGUGCGUGUUCUUCUUCAUGAAGAGAGCAUAUACAGAAUAGCAUGUUCAUCUACACCAACACGUCUAUCCAUACAACUCAUGGACUAUGUUCAUGAUAAGCCUGAGAUGUCUGCGGUGUCAAUGGACCCGAAUUUUGCAGCUUAUUUGAGCAAUGAACUCCUCUCUGUUAUUCCUCAGAAGAAGGAGAACCCUGGGGUGUUCUUGACAAGAAACAAGCGGAAGUAUGGAUUUGGAGAUGAGACUUUUCCAGGUGCAGUUAUGGAAGGAGUUCAAAUUAUUAAUGGUCUAGAAUGUAAGAUAGCAUGCAGUUCAUCAAAGGUCUCUUACGUUUUAGACACUGAAGAUUUCUUGAUCCGGUCAAGAAAAAGGCGGAGAACAUUGAAGGACAAAUUUUCAUCCAAUGGCCACUCGAAGUCUUUGAAUGGUUCUAGUAAAGUACAACGUUUCCGCAGAUUACUCUUCAGUUGAAAGAUGUGCAUUUUGCAUGUCUGCAAAAUGGUAGAAAGGUAAUCUACAAAUUCAAUUAGUCAUAGUUAUAGUUCUAUGACACACAAAAUGGAGUAAUGGAGUCCAAAAGGUAGAAUUUCACACAAUUUACAUGCUCUCGAAGGUUUCUGACUUUAUGCUUCUAAUAUUUGUUUCUUAGCCGACUACUCGCAUUUGUGGAAAUUCAAAUUUUGGCCCCCGCUACCAUAGAUUUAUGUACCUUUUCCUAUUGAAUAAAUGAUCCAGCUAACAGCUUGGAAAAUUUGUAGGAUAUCAUCUCUAAAUUUUGUGCCCAAAUUGAUGUAUAUAUCUUUGCCUUCUCUGUUGUAAAACACUAUAAUUGUCAAUUUCAUGAAAUUUUCCUUGUUACAGUGUA